AUGCCAACCAAAGCCACGAAGGCACUUGUCUUGCUUCUUCUUCUUCUCCUCAUGGUGUCCCAGGCUGCUGCAGAGGCAGACACUGUGGUGUGUCGGAACACCAAGGGGGAGUGUGCCUUCAUUCUGUGUCCCUUGUUCAAGAGAGCCACUGGUACCUGCUACAAUGGAUUGGCAAAGUGCUGCAGGCCCUUAUGGUGA